AUGUCAAUGAAAUCUAGCAGUAAUUCAGAGGCAAGAAAGGUCUGUGGACGUACUUUACUGAAAGAUAUUUGGAAACUUCCUGCGGGGAAGACAGUUAAUGUACAGUUUAAUAGUCGUAACCAAGCUGUUGGGAAAGAGGGUCGAAAGAUUGCUAGCUUUUUAGGAAUUGUUGCAAGGACUCCAGAACUAACACCUCUGCACAUUGAUGACUGGAGAAUUUUUGGCAACGAGGAAAAGAAGAAAUUGGUGAAUUUUGUGAGGAAGAAGUUCUCUAUCCCAAAACGCGCAGAAGGCUUUGUCUUAAAGUCACUAGGAAAGAAAUGGAAAGAUUACAAGUGCACUUUAAAAGGUGAAUAUAUGGAAAAAUAUAAGACUAAAGACUCUUUGCUGAAAAAUAGACUAAGUCGCAUACCGAGGGAUCAAUGGAGUGGUUUUGUCUCUUAUUGGUUUUCUGAUAAAGCUAAGGUAUCAACAAAUCUUGAAAACGUACUCUGA